AUGUCGUUUGGUUGGUCCGCAAGUGAUCUGCUAACAGCGUUGACGGUCCUUAACAAGAUCUGCGGUGCUCUGAAAGACUCCGGUGGAGCCUCGUCGGAUUAUCAAGAAGAAAGUGGCUUCUUGCAUUCGGUGUCUAAAACCUUGGAGACUUUAGACUCUCUGCAAUCCUUGCCUCUCGCCGAGGACGCACUCCAAAAUAUACGACACAUUUGUCAGCAAAUUCAAGGCCCAUUGCUACCUUUUCUAAACAAGGUUAAUCUCGAUUUCGAAACCAGCCUUGGCCGUCAGUCUGUUUCAAAGCAUCAAUUCACUAAAGUCGUCCGAGCCCCGCGAAUGAUUCAGUGGGCGCUAUCUACUUCGAAGCGGGUGCAGCAGCUUAAAAGGAAAAUUGUGGUGCCACUUAUGGCACUUCAGAUUGGGAUGUCCCAGCAAAUUAUUAACGUUGCUCUCCGACUACCAUCCGAUACACAGACGCGGUUGACGCAGGAGAUCAACCAAGCAUUCGAUGAUCGGAUUCGACCUUGGGCUGAAGACGUACAAGCUCGUCUUUCUUCUCUUCUCAAAGGACAGUCAGCGCUGUCCCAGUACAGCGAAGCAACUUUCGAAAAGCUUGUUGAAGCUUGCUUAAAGCUGAACGAUGUGAUGAACGAUGGAAAAGCUGUCGCAGAUUUGCUUGGGCAAUACAUGCAACGUUUGGGCCAUUACGAUAGGACGGAAAUCCAAGGACAUAUCCUUGGAGCUACGACCGGUAUCGAGAAAUCUACGCCCAAUGACUUGGACGUAGCAGUCACACCCCUGUCAUUGAACUUGCGUGACUUGUCCCUUUACUCGGCACCGGUGACUAAGGAUCCGGCUGUACAUGUGGCCAAAACCCUCGCGAAACAGGAUCUAUACAAGGCUGUUAAGUUACUCUUAUACAGCCUUAAAAUACUGGUUCGGGAAUAUCUGUAA